AUGCCUUCAGCAAGAGGGCAAUUGCCCAACAGCUGGCGAGACCGAGCAGAUACGGCAGAGUCCAAUGCCAGCGGCGGCGUGCAAUUCGACGAGCAAAGCGAACAGCAUCAGCGGCCCUCCGAAUCCCACGUCAACCCGUACGCGUACCAAGAAGGAGAAGGACAUCAUGGACUGCGGCAUAGAAGAUCGUCAAUGGGCAUGGCCAUUGAUGCUAUUACACAAGCAGGUGGGGUGAACAGCUUGGGCAACUUUGCAAGAUCGUGGCAGCGUGCCGUUGGCUUUCACGAGGUCACGCCUGUGCGUAAGAGCUUCAGGUACGCGGAGGAUGACAGUCUGGAAGGUGUGGAAGACGAAGAGAGCACAGAAACCACGCCCGAGGCACAGCGAUCAUUGCUUAGAGAGCAGUUAGCGGCACAAGAACAGACCUCGCCGGACAGCGCGGUAGAGGAUGAUGCCACCCCAACGAAGCUAUCGCGACAACGGACGCGAGAUCAGGACCAGCAAUUGAGCGAUUCGUUUCGGGAGCAGGAUCCACUACUUUCCAAGACAACAUCGAGGACUCAGCAGGGUGAUAGCAUCUUCCAGAUAGAGCCUUCACUGGCAUCGCCAUUUGGAGGAAGCUACGGCACAACAUGGGCAUCACUAUCUUCCCGUGUGAACGAGUCCUCGAUGCGGCAUGCAGGACGGCUCUUCCGCCAGCAGCAGACUCAGGGUGUUGUGGCCCCAGAUAAGGAACGCGAGCCAUUGAUCGUGAAGCAGAUCGAGGACAAUGGCGGGAAAGUGGUCAAUAUCGUGGUCGGACAAUCUACACUACCACAAACCAUCUUCAACAGCGUGAACGUCCUAAUCGGCGUAGGUCUUCUCGCACUACCUCUAGCCAUGAAGUACGCUGGCUGGAUCCCCGGACUCAUCUUCUUCUUCUUCGCCGGCGCCUCAACCUGCUACACCGCCAAACUCCUAGCCAAAUGCGCCGACGUCGACACCAGUCUCAUCACCUUCGCCGACCUCGCCUAUGUUUCCUUCGGACCAUGGGCCCGGAUCGGCACCUCCAUCCUCUUCAGCCUCGAACUCAUAGCCGCCUGCGUCGCCCUUGUCGUCCUCUUCGCCGACUCCCUCGACGCCCUCACCGAAGGAUCCUGGGGCGUAGUCGAAUGGAAGAUUGUCUGCGGCAUAAUCCUCAUCCCACUCAGCUUCCUCCCCCUCCGCCUCCUAUCCUUCACCAGCAUCCUCGGAAUCCUCUCCUGCUUCGGAAUCGUCCUGGCCGUAAUCAUCGACGGCCUCAUCAAACCUUCCACCCCCGGCUCCCUCCGCGAACCGGCAACAACAUACCUCUUCCCCUCCAACUGGAUGACGCUCCCCAUCGCCUUCGGCAUCCUCAUGUCGCCCUGGGGCGGCCACUCCGUCUUCCCCAACAUCUACCGCGACAUGCGUCACCCCUACAAAUACCGCCGCGGCGUCAACAUCACCUACAUCUUCACCUUCGGCCUCGACCUUCUCAUGGCUGUGGUGGGAUUGCUGAUGUUCGGCGACGGCGUGAAGGACGAGGUCACUAAGAACAUUCUCAUGCUGGAGGCAGGAUACCCGCCAUUCCUCAGCGUCUUCAUCGUCGUCUGCGUGGCCAUCAUACCGCUCACCAAAGUACCCCUAAACGCCCGCCCUAUUGUCUCCACGCUGGAACUUUUCCUGGGCCUUGAUGCGAGGGCGAUGGGGGAUGCGGGAGCUAUGCAUGGAAUGAGCGGACUCACGCGAGGGGUUUUGAAGAUUACUGUGCGGGUGCUGUGUGUGGUCAUCUUCGUCCUCUUGGCCAUCCUGAUCCCGCAGUUCGACACGAUCAUGAGCUUGCUGGGUGCGGUGGCUUGUUUUACGAUUUGCUUGAUUCUUCCCUGCGCUUUCCAUUUGAAGCUGUUCGGGAAAGAGCUGUCUUACAGGCAGAAGGUGGUGGAUUGGUCGUUGAUUGUUGUCAGCAGUGUUUUAGCGAUUGUUAGUACGGGGUUUAAUUUUGUGCCUAAGGAGGUUUUGGGGAUGGAUUGA